GCAAAAUGUGCCAGGACUACUUGGACAGGAUACUCACACGUAGCACUAGCAGCUUGGCUGCUACAAGCUGAACCCAUUUUGGGUAUUUUUCUGACAACUGUCAAUGUUUCGUGGAUUCCUGCUUAAGAACCCUGGAUUAACAUGUAACUUGAACGACUGAGACAAAAUACAGUUAAAGCACAAUGUCUGGAUCAGUGAGACUGCACAGCAUCAAAAAGCUUGGACAGGAAAACAAUGGUUAUGAAUUUUCUGAUACAGAAAAAACUGAUGUAUACAUGACCAUGUCGUCCCCAAAGGAAGACAAAGCGGGCAAGAAAAAGGAUGAGGGAGCCAUCAGAAUAGGCUUCUUCCAGCUGUUUCGGUUCGCCACCGGCCACGAGAUCCUCAUGAUGAUCGGAGGGAGCGUAUGCGCCCUGCUGCACGGCUCCGCACAGCCGCUCAUGCUGCUCGUAUUUGGGAUGUUAACGGACGCGUUCAUCGAUUACGACACGGAGCUCCAGGAACUGGCAAACCCAAACAAGGCAUGCAUCAACAAUACCAUUCAAUGGACGAACCAGUCCGCAGAAGAGAACCUUGAUCUAAAUAUGACAAGGCCAUGUGGGUUUAUGAAAAUUGAGGAGCAAAUGACCUUCUUCGCCUACUACUACGUGGGCAUUGGACUAUCUGUAUUUAUCUUGGGAUACCUCCAGAUCUCCCUAUGGGUGACAUCAGCAGCACGUCAGAUCCAGAUCAUUCGGAAGACAUAUUUCCGGAAGGUAAUGAGGAUGGAGAUUGGAUGGUUCGACUGCAACUCUGUGGGAGAGUUGAACACCAGGAUGUCAGAUGACAUCAACAAGAUCAACGAUGCCAUUGCUGACCAAGUAGGCAUCUUCAUCCAGCGUUUCACCACUUUUGUGUGCGGCUUCUUGCUGGGCUUUGUGAAAGGAUGGAAGCUCACGCUGGUCAUGAUUGCAGCCAGCCCGCUGAUUGGAGUGGGAGCUGCCCUCAUGGCUUUGUUUGUGGCCAAGCUGACCGGUCGGGGGCUGCUAGCCUACGCCAAGGCGGGGGCGGUCGCAGACGAGGUGCUGUCCUCCAUCAGAACUGUGGCAGCUUUUGGAGGAGAACAGAAAGAAGUAGACAGGUAUGACAAGAACCUCAUCGCUGCCCAGCAAUGGGGGAUCCGUAAGGGGAUCAUCAUGGGGUUCUUCACAGGGUACUUGUGGCUCAUCAUCUUCCUCUGCUACGCCCUGGCCUUUUGGUAUGGCUCCAUACUGGUGUUAGACACAGUGGAGUACACCCCAGGAACCCUGCUGCAGGUAUUUUUUGGUGUCCUGAUAGCGGCUCUGAGCCUUGGACAAGCUUCUCCGUGUCUGGAGGCCUUCGCCUCAGGGAGAGGAGCAGCUACCCUCAUUUUUGAGACAAUUGAAAGAGAGCCAGAGAUCGACUGCAUGUCAGAAGCUGGGUACAAACUGGACAGAGUGAAAGGAGACAUUGAGUUUCAUAAUGUCAGCUUCUACUACCCUUCAAGACCUGAAGUCAAGAUUCUUGAACAACUGAAUGUAUCUGUGAAGUCUGGGGAGACAACAGCUUUUGUGGGACCAAGUGGAGCUGGGAAGAGUACCACUGUUCAGCUCAUACAGCGCUUCUACGAUCCCAAGGAGGGCAUGGUGACCCUAGAUGGCCAUGAUAUCCGGGGACUGAACAUUCAGUGGCUCCGCUCUCUGAUUGGAAUUGUGGAGCAGGAGCCUGUGUUGUUUGCCACCACCAUCGCUGAGAACAUCCGCUUUGGCAGGCCAGGCGUGUCCAUGGAGGACAUUGUGAAGGCAACAAAGGAGGCCAAUGCCUACAACUUCAUCAUGGACUUGCCCCAGAAAUUUGAGACCCUUGUGGGAGAAGGAGGGGGUCAGAUGAGCGGAGGGCAGAAGCAGAGGAUAGCCAUCGCUCGAGCCCUGGUCAGGAACCCCAGGAUAUUGCUGCUGGACAUGGCCACCUCUGCCUUGGACAACGAGAGUGAGGCUGUGGUACAGGAAGCGCUAGAUAAGGUGAGGAUGGGCCGUACCACCAUCACCAUAGCCCACCGGCUGUCUACGAUAAAGAACGCGGAUGUCAUUGUGGGCUUUGAGCGUGGUCGUGCAGUGGAGAGAGGCAAACACGAAGAGCUCUUGGACAGGAAAGGGGUCUACUUCACCCUGGUGACCCUGCAGAGCCAGGGUGACAAGGCUCUAAAUGAGAAGGCUCGGGAAAUGGCUGAAGAGAAAGAAUUGUUAGAAGUGGAUCCCGGGAAAAAGAAUGCUUUUGAGUCUGGGAGUUAUCGGGCAAGUUUAAGAGCUUCUAUCCGCCAAAGGUCAAGGUCACAGCUGUCGAAUGUGAUCCCAGAGGCUUCGAUAUCUAUUGCUGGAGAGCCGGUGCGGCCUUACAGUGACUCAACAGUCUCAAGUGACAUAGACAAAACGAACCCUAUACCUGAGGCACAGGAGAAAAUAGAGCCAGCGCCUGUGACCCGGAUCCUGAAAUACAAUGCCCCAGAAUGGCCUUACAUGGUGUUCGGCUCUAUAGGCGCUGCUGUGAAUGGUGGAGUUAACCCCCUCUAUUCAUUAUUGUUCAGCCAGAUUCUUGGGACUUUCUCAAUGACUGAUCCAGUUGCCCAGAGAGACGAAAUCAACGGAAUCUGUGUGUUGUUCGUACUCAUCGGAGUGAUUUCAUUCUUCACACAGAUUCUUCAGGGCUAUGCUUUCUCCAAGUCUGGGGAGCUGCUGACCCGGAGGCUGAGACGGCUGGGCUUCCAGGCCAUGCUGGGCCAGGAGAUCGGCUGGUUCGACGACCACAGGAACAGCGCCGGGGCCCUGACCACACGCUUGGCCACCGACGCCUCCCAAGUCCAAGGGGCCACCGGCUCCCAGAUAGGCAUGAUCGUCAACUCCCUGACCAACAUCGGAGUGGCCAUCAUCAUCUCCUUCUACUUCAGCUGGCAGCUCAGUCUGGUCAUCAUGUGCUUCCUGCCCUUCCUGGCGCUCUCCGGGGGUUUUCAGGCCAGGAUGCUCACCGGAUUCGCCAAGAUGGACAAGCAGGCCAUGGAGGCCGCGGGACAGAUUUCUGGUGAGGCAUUGAAUAACAUCCGCACCAUUGCUGGUCUGGGGAAAGAGAAAAUGUUUGUGGAAAUGUUUGAGGUCCAGGUGGAAGCUCCAUACAACGCAGCCUUGAAAAAGGCCAAUGUGUACGGUGCCUGCUUUGGCUUUGCCCAGUGUGUGAUCUUCCUGGCCAAUGCUGCCUCCUAUAGGUUUGGAGGAUUUUUAGUGGAACAACAGGGGCUCCACUUCAGUAUUGUGUUCAGAGUUAUCUCAGCUAUUGUGACGAGUGGGCAAGCCCUAGGACGUGCUUCCUCUUACACACCUGACUACGCCAAAGCCAAGAUUUCAGCAGCCAGGUUUUUCCAGCUACUUGACCGCAGAUCCAAAAUCAAUGUUUACAGUCAAGAGGGAGAGAAAUGGCCUAAUUUUAGAGGUAAUAUUGAGUUCAUUGACUGCAAGUUCACGUACCCGACCCGCCCAGACAUCCAGGUGCUGAACGGUCUGACGGUGUCGGUGAAGCCUGGCCAAACUCUGGCCUUUGUGGGCAGCAGCGGCUGCGGAAAAAGCACCAGUGUCCAGCUGCUGGAGAGGUUCUAUGACCCUGACCAUGGCACUGUGCUGAUUGAUGGCCAUGACUCAUGCCAAGUCAACGUACAGUUCCUGCGCUCGAAGAUUGGGAUUGUCUCCCAGGAGCCCAUCCUGUUUGACUGCAGCAUUGCAGAAAACAUUAAGUAUGGGGACAACUUUCGAGAAAUCAGCAUGGAUGAUGUAAUUACUGCAGCAAAGAAAGCCCAACUGCAUGACUUCGUCAUGUCACUGCCUGAGGGUUAUGACACUAAUGUGGGCGCCCAGGGUUCCCAGCUCUCCCGCGGACAGAAGCAGCGCAUAGCCAUCGCCCGCGCCAUCAUCCGAAACCCCACGAUCCUGCUGCUGGACGAGGCCACGUCUGCCCUGGACACAGAGAGCGAGAAGACGGUCCAGGAGGCGCUGGACAAAGCCAGGGAGGGCCGGACCUGCAUCGUUAUCGCCCACCGCCUCUCCACCAUCCAGAACUCGGACACCAUCGCCGUGAUGUCCCGAGGAUUCCUGAUGGAGAAGGGCUCGCACAAUGAACUCAUGGCCCUGAAGGGCGCUUAUUACAAACUGGUCACAACAGGAGCGCCCAUCAGCUAAGGACAAAGAGUGCCAAUGCCACUGCCACUGCUUCCCAAAACAGCUCAGGCGUGGGUGACAGAACCAAUUCGUAUUUGGCCUUGAGGUUUUUAGCAUAGCAGCGUACAUUUAACAUGUUUUAUAAACAUUUUGAACAUUUUGGGUGAGUGUGUGUAUUCAUACAAAACCAUAUUAACUUGAAUUUAAGGGGAUUCUAAUUAUCAAAAAAUUAUUUAAAUUAUUAUUUUGAACAAACUAUUUUAUUUAACAAGAAUGUAAUAUCAUUGCAACAUCUGUAAUAUACAGAAAUGUAAUAAUUUGUAACCACUUUUAUUGUUUGAAUUCAAACAUUUGAAAUAUUUGAACUGAAUAUAGUAAAGGACUGAAACCUGACCAUUUCCACACCUUUCUGAAUCGUAUAUUCGAAAAAUAUCUUGGAAAUGGUUCAUUUAGGUUGGGAAAUACUUUUCUGACUGAAAACAUUUGAAAGAUGCUUCUUAUCCCAAACACCUCACAUAAUUUUUUGUUAUCACUGCCAGCAUGACAAUUGUUGGAUGCCUCUUUAUUAUAAUUUAAAAAUUUGCAUCAUGACUAUACAAUCCUUUGGUUACUUUCCCAAGUUUUGGCACACAUUUUUCUGCUACUCUGAAGAAAUAUAACAUUAUAAACUCCCCAUAUCAGUUAUGAAUACAUGACUGACUGACAUUUUAGUAUCUUGGGAAUUAUUUAUACUUGAAAUAGCAAUCGACCAUGUUUCAUAGGCAUUACUCUAGUUCCAUUUCAUUACAUAGUGACAGUUUAUCUGAACAGCAUACAUAGGCCUAAUAUAUAUCUGCUAUUAAGACACUGUGUCAUAAAGAGUUUGGGGAGAUCAGCCAUCAGGAACAACGUUAGUUCAACACUGAAGUCUGUAUUCAUUUGUUACCUCAAAGAACCAUUAAACCUUUCGAUUCAUCAUAAGUGAAUGCAUAAUAGCCUUACGUGUAAUACCGAUUUCAUGUAUUUCUGCAUUUGGACCUUGUGUUUCAUUUUAUGUUGUUUCUUUACUUUCAUUUCUAUGUGCAAAAUGCUUCCAGACAAGUCAGAAAUUGUGUUCCCAAAGGUUUCAGGAGGCCUUAUGUUCAUUACACCAAUCUUCGUCCAAGAACAUGGUACAGUAUUUCCAACGAGCAUGUGAUGCAUAUUUUCCACAGGCACUGUACCAGCCUCUCACAGAUAUGGCCGUUUCCCAGUUUCCCAUAGGCAGUUGCACGUCAAUUAUUAUAAAAGUAUUAACGUGCAUUUAUUGCUCCACCUAUCCCUAUAAUUCAAUCUGUCGGAUCUUCAUUUACACUGGUGGUCAUAGGCUUGCCUGCCAGUGUUAUCAUUUCAGUGGCAUUGGAGCAGGUGGCCUCCUUGUCCAAUGGCAUGUUACUCGUCUCAGUUACAGACAUGGCCUAUCAUAUACACAGGGGCGUGGUUUACAGCAUAUGAGAAGUGAGGUGAUGUAGUGCUCGUUAAAAAUAAAGGGAAAUUCUCAGCUUCCCAGGUGGCGUGUCCUAUUAAUCACAUCCGAUUAAUUAUUGCUAAUGUUCCAUAUUCUCAAACGAGGUAGUAAGAAACCUAACCUGGGUAGGCAAUUUUACAUGUAAUAUCAAUUCAAUGCAUUAAGAUAUUUUGCUAUGUAAUGAAAAAUAAAGUUGGAAUUCAUUAUC